AUGAGAAAAGAUCUCGGAUUUCUCUCCAGCUCUUAUCGAUUUGAGCAAAUCAUCACACUUCCUGAGCAAACCAUUGUAUCCUUCUUCUCAACGUGCUGCAAGCUUGGCAUGUGCUUAAAAUCACAGGAUAAAAUUCUAUUUGCUUCGUUACAAACGCACCAAGAAUGCGGCACCUUACAGCUUUCACUUUUCAACAGCAUUGCAGCACAACUAAAGCAAUUGCUUUUGCAACGAGUUUUAUCCUUCCGUCGCAACUGUGAGUUUGUACACCUACUAGCGCACUGUGUUCUUUCAAAUGGAGUAGCAGCAGAUGCAGUUCUGGACUGCCUUCUCACCAUUGCUUUUAUGUAUCUAGCAGCUGGAAGCAGUCGUUCUACGGAAAUAACAGAACUUAUUUUGGAGCUUUUGUUUGCAGAGGAUAUUGUCAUUGCUAAUCGAUGCAGAUGUGUAAUGGCAGCUAUUACAUCAAACUACUCUGCUACCUGUGUCAAAAAUCACCAGUCCUUAUUUGUGCUGGUGGAAGGUGCUGCAUCGGCAAUUGCGGCGGAACACAAAACUUCCAGUGCAUCAUCCACUGGUCACUUAUUGGCCACUAAAUUUACUCCGUCAAUUGUUGGUGAGCUGGAAACUGAACUACAGAAUUUGCUUGUCCAGGCCAAGUCAUCGUCGGAUUCGGAAGGCUUUACGAAAGCCGGUAAAAUGUCAAUUUUAUCCGUGAGCAGUAGAUGA